CUUGCGUUGAUGAAAAUGGUUUCUGAAAGCAUGAAAAACCUAACGUCAGAGGACUUGAAAAAUGUUGCAGAACAGCUCAAGCAUGCCCGUACUGAGGAUAUGCUUGAAGUUGGUUCUAAGAUGGCUAAAGCACAUGAGGAGAUUGCUGCCAUUCAUGCCCAUACUGAUGAGGAGAUCACAUAUAAACUGAAUGAGGCUCAAAUGCUGAAGAAUCAGGGAAAUGACCUUCAUAACCAAGGCAAAUUCCAUGAUGCUGCACAGAAGUAUUUAUUUGUUAGUAUGGAACUAAAUUUUUCUCCCUUUUCUUGA